AGUCGAGCGACCACGAUGCCCGACGAGGAGCCCCCCCUGCCACCCCCGUCCCCGGCCCCGCCGCGCCCGGGUUCUCACUCGCGCCUCCGCCGCACGCUGCACACGCUGCGCUCGCCUUUCCGCUCCGGAUCGCCCUUCCACUUUGGCCCGAUCAAGCGCGCCGGCUCUGCCAAGUCCGUAGCCUCAGACGGUGAACUCACACGCGACGAACGCACGAUGCGCAAACGUAACAAGAAGAAUCGUGAUACUGCUAGUGACGCCUCCCCCAGCCAUGACGGCUCCCCAAAACCAGACAAGAAAAAGAAGGAAAGCAGUCUGCUCCGGCGCAUGGGGAGCAUAGGCAAACGCCGCGCAGAAGAAUCCACUCCCCCGUCUUCGCAUUCUGGAACGCCUGAAACCACUGUAGAUUACUCCCCUACACCCCCACCUGAAGGGGUGAGACUUACGUCACAAGCUACGUUAGAGAUGACCACAGAACCUCCGUCAACAGAGCCUUCGACGGCGGAGCUUACGCCGGCGCAAACGCCUGAGCCUCGAUCUGAACCAACAUCUACACCACCUGUGAGUCCGAUCGCGGUCGAGCAUCCCGUAGCGACACGGCCUUUCACAAAAGCAGCUUGGAUGCGCAAAAGUUCCGAGCCGGAAAUGGAGAAACCCGUAGAGGAGCCCAGUCCGGAAAACGCUUUGCGCCGUCGCAUCGCUUUCGUUGCACAAGCGUCUGCGUGUAUGUCUGAGGAUCACGAUGACGGGGAUAGGGGUGGGGAUGAAGUGGGGUCGCUGGAGGAGGCGGUGGCGCUGGCGCGGGUGCGGUUAGCGACGCCGGCGGCGCCCUCGCCGUCACAGUCGCGCGACAACGACACUGAAGAGGAGGGGUACGCGGACACUAUGCCGGCGUACGGGGACCUGAUCGACGCGGACACCAAGCCCGGGAACAGCGAUGCUCCGGUGAGUUGUGGUCGGGGCGCGCAGUGGCCCGGGCGCGCCGAGCGAUGCGCGCGCGCCAUGACCUUCGAGGAGACCGGUGACGAGUGCUAUUUGACAGUGUGCGAGUGCUGCGGCUUCAGCACCGAGACGUCCGUGUUGUUCCCAUCCAAUUCCUCCCCGAGCGCUGAGCGGAGGGAGCACCUGUACAAGAUCCUUGUGAUUGGAGAACUGGGCACUGGCAAGACGUCCAUCAUCAAGCGAUACGUCCACCAGUUCUUCAGCCAACACUACAGGGCGACGAUCGGCGUUGACUUCGCCUUAAAAGUCUUGAAUUGGGAUGCGAAUACUAUAAUUCGGCUGCAGCUAUGGGAUAUUGCAGGUCAGGAGCGUUUCGGCAACAUGACCAGGGUGUACUAUAAAGAGGCUGUUGGGGCGUUUAUUGUGUUUGACGUGUCUCGCCUCGCCACCUUCGAUGCUGUGGUCAAGUGGAAGAACGACCUGGACACGAAGGUGCAGCUGCCAGAUGGGUCGCCGAUACCGUGCAUACUACUGGCUAAUAAGUGUGACCAGCAAAAGGAAGGCAUCGUGAAUUCUCCCGCCAAAAUGGAUGAGUAUUGCCGCGAAAAAGGAUUCGCGGGCUGGUUCGAGACGUCUGCUAAAGAAAACAUCAAUAUAGAGGAGGCGGCCAGGUCAUUAGUAAAUAAGAUCCUUCUAAACGACAAACUCCUUCAAAGCAACGACAGCAAGGACGCAGAACGGUUCGCGCUUGACCAUAAGCUCGCGAAUGGCGAGAACAGCCGCGACGGCGGCAGCAAGACAUGCUCGUGCUGACCCAUCCUGCAUCCGGACACCGCGGACGUUGCUGAACCUUCCAAACUGGUCUGACUUUGGCCAAUGUUAGGCACAACGACUAAGUUAGGUGAGCUGGUCGUCUGACUGCGUUUCGUUCGAAUUGUUUUUUGUAAUUUAUUUGUCUUUGACACGUGUUCUAUAAUGAUUCUGUUUUGUAAAUUCUCGGUAUUAAGUAUUAUAGUCUUGUCAUAUACCUGAUGAUUGGUUUAUAAUUCUUCUUAUAUGUUUUUGUUGUUGAAAUUCUCGAAGAAGAUGCUAAUUUAUUUUAUUAAAAGAUGUUUUGUUUUGUUUAUUAAAAGUCAAAUAAGUCUAGGUUUGAAGAGAAUAUUAUUUUUUGAGUUUGUUCAUUUUCUCGGUUCUUGAUUUAAUAUGUUCAAAAUGUUCGUUACAGUUAUGAAUUUGUUGCGUCUUUUUUAUUGAAAUAAUUUCUUUUUUGUCGAUACUUGAUUUACGACAUAUUGUAUUUUCCUCUUUAAUAUUGUUGUUUGGUUUUUUUUUAUGUACCUACUUAUAACUUGUUUAAUUUGUAUUUUUAAUUUUUAUUAUAAUACCUCUAAAUAACUGAAGUUGACAUCUUGUAUAAAACAAUAUACAAAAUUGAACUUAAAAUCUGUAAUCUGAGUGUGCAACAAAAGCUUUGGAAUCGGUGACAACUAAAUUAACUCAUCACCCGUUACAAACAAAAAGAGGAUAUUUGUCUUUAGGAUAUUUGUCCUAAUUUAAUCUUAAGGUUUAUAAGCCGGAUAUAUCGUAGGUAAAUCUAAAAUUAUUUUGAACAAAUGUACCAUGACAGAAAAGCAGUGUUAUCAUCAUAUGGUUAAAUAAAAAAACGUAAUAUAUUUUUGACUAAAAAAAAUAACAGUAUCUGUCUAUAAACAUAUUCGUUAAUAAAAAUAUGUAGUAUCAGAUCUUGAUAAAAAUGUGUUUAUACGAAUCUAGGUGUGGUGUGACAACAGGCAAUCGUUUAGUGCCAUCCCGGCUAAAGUCAUAAUUACGUAAUUAUGUAUAAUACCGUUGUAAUGUUAAGUAUUAUCUACUUACUGCAUGAGAGUGCGAAUGUUAUGUAAAUUUAAUAAAAUAUUUUAAUGAA